UGGCUGAGCGCCGCAGCAAAACUUGAGCUACGGAAGCGGAACACAUCCGUCGCUGGACGGAGGGUUUUGAACUGGUUUUCCCGUAUACAAACACCGUUUUAAAGGCUCUUUCUUUGAUAAACAGCAUGGAUGAUGUGCGGAGGAUGUGCGUGCCUCUUCUCGCGGUGUUUAUCGGCGCGGUGAACGCGUUCAGCCCCACGGACAGCGAGUUCACGUUUCUGCUGCCAGCUGCCAGCAAAGAGUGUUUCUACCAGAGCGCCAUUCAGAACGGCAGCAUCGAGAUCGAGUACCAGGUGAUCGCUGGAGCAGGUAUGGAUGUGGAUUUCUCCAUCGUUUCUCCUCAGGGGAUCUACUUGGUCUCGGAGUUUCGUCGUUCAGACGGCGUUCAUAUGGUGGAGCCCUCAGAGGCGGGAGACUAUCAGAUCUGCUUCGACAACACCUUCAGCAGGUUCUCCGAGAAGAUGGUGUUCUUCGAGGUCAUCCUGGACAACCCGUCCAAUGACGCGGGAGGGGACGACGAGUGGGCGGGGCUUGGAGAGCCAGAGAACCUAUUAGAGUACAAGCUGGAUGACAUAAAGGAGUCGAUGGAGACGGUUCACCGGCGGCUGGAGCGCAGUCGUCAGAUGCAGACGGUCCUGCGGGCGUUCGAGGCUCGCGACCGAAACCUGCUGGAGGACAACCUGUGGCGGGUCUCCUUCUGGUCCUGUGUCAACAUGCUGGUCAUGCUGAGCGUGGGGCUCACUCAGGUCUACACCCUCCGACGGCUGUUCGACGACAAGCGGAGAGUCUACUCCUAAAGCAAACGCCCGUGUCCCGUCGGAUCGGCCGCGCUGCUGCAGAGAGAAGAUCAAACUCGAGUCGAGAGAGCGCAGACAGAGACCGCCGUGCCUUUUAGAUGGAUUAGACGCUUUCUCAUCGGACGAUCCUUCUUGGUGUUUCCGGGUGCCUGUGAAGGUCAGUCGCACAAAGUCGAGUGUGACUCCAGAGAACUGCUGAAUAAUAAUAAUAACAGACUGCAAACCAGUCGUCCGAUUCUUUUGAGGACGCAAGACUUCACGCAUCUGUCCAUUUCAUGUCUUAGUUUUGUCACUUUUAUUUUAGUCCUGUCAUUUCAUGACGAGAGAUGAUUGUGUUUUGGGAGAAUGUGACGUUACGGUAAACAAAGGGAAUCUUUUUAAAGACUUUUACACAAUAAAAACAAAUAAAAUGGGUUGUAUAUUUGUA